AAACCUCAUCAUAUAUAAACCCUAAUUAAACACCACCUCUCUAUCCAUACUCAACCAACAAAAUUUAUAAUCACAAACACAAACACAAUUUCUCUUCCCCUUUUCUUUUCCAAAAUUAUUUUCUUUCUCAAUUUCCACCUAACCAAACACUACCUAUCGCGACACAAAUGAGUCAUAGUGCCACUACAAAAAUGACCGGGUUGCUUCUCCGGCAGCUCGGUCCACGGUUCUUCUCAACAUCAACAACACUUGGUUCGGCCAUGAGUGAGACCUCGAAGUUUUCGAGGCCAUUAGGCAUGGAGUGGGUGAGGAUUAGGAACUUUAACACUUCUUCUGCUUGGGGUGCCGGAGAAAAAGAAGAGAAGGUGGCGCCACCACCGAGCUCGGCUGCCGGAAAGAUAGAAGUUGGUGGUGGUGAGAAGGGUAUAGUGAGUUAUUGGGGCGUGUCUCCGCCUAAGUUUACCAAGGGGGAUGGUUCCCCAUGGAUGUGGAGUUGCUUUAGGCCAUGGGAAACGUACAAAGCAGACGUGACGAUAGAUGUGAAGAAGCACCAUGAGCCCAGCAAUUUCAUGGAUAAAUUUGCUUACUGGACUGUCCAAGUUUUGAAAUACCCAACUUACUUAUUCUUUCAGAAACGGCACAUGUGCCACGCGAUGUUACUCGAAACAGUAGCCGCCGUGCCCGGUAUGGUCGGCGGGAUGGUCUUACACUGCAAAUCCCUCCGGCGAUUCGAACAGAGCGGGGGCUGGAUCAAAGCCCUCCUCGAAGAAGCAGAGAACGAGCGAAUGCACCUCAUGACCUUCUGUGAAAUCGCCAAUCCGCUAUGGUACGAGCGAGCCCUAGUCUUCGCAGUCCAAGGAGUCUUCUUCAACGCCUAUUUCAUGGCUUACUUGGCCUCUCCCAAACUCGCUCACCGCAUUGUAGGGUACCUUGAAGAGGAGGCUGUGAAUUCUUACACUGAGUUUUUGAAUGAUUUAGAGAAAGGAAAUGUGGAGAACGUGCCUGCACCGGCUAUUGCUAUCGAUUAUUGGCAAUUGCCGCCGGAAUCGACUCUCCGGGAUGUUAUCACGGUCAUUAGAGCAGACGAGGCGCACCACCGGGAUCUCAACCAUUUUGCAUCGGACAUUCAAUGCCAAGGACAUGAGCUGAGGGAGUAUCCUGCCCCAGUUGGAUAUCACUAAAAAAUCAAUCAUAGAAGCUUCAAGAGUCUUGUAUUGUAGGUGUGCAUGUAUUAAUCAACAAUCACAUAUCCCUAUUCAAUUUAAUUUUAUAGUAUAUUUGUAUUAUUUCUUUCUUCUAAAUUGUAUGUAAAAAUGUUAAAUGUACUGCAAAAGAAAUCUCCCCAAAAAUAAAUAAAGAUGAUGUUUGGAAAGCUAGAGGAAAUUAUGAUUGUU